AUGCAAGAGGCAGAUUGGCUCCGUCGAGACGUCGGAGUAUUUUCAUCAAAGCUGACCAUAAAUGAUACUUUGAAGCGAGAGAAUGAAAUACGUCGUCUAGCAUCCGAGGCCGAGGCAGAAGCGCUUGAAGACGAAGAAGAAGAAGAAGAAGAAGAAAAUCUUUGUGAUGAUGAUUCUGAUGGAAAACAUGAUGAAGAUGAUGAAGAUGACACGGACGAUGACGAUGACAAUGAGGAUGAAAAGAAUGAUGUAACUCGUUACUUUGGUGGCUUUUAUUCAGGCGAUGAUGGAAACGAGAGGGAUAAUGAACUUGGAUUCGCUGAUUCUGAUGAGAGCGAUAAAGAAGAAGAAUUUUCUUUUUGGAAUUCGGGCCAUCGCUCAUCAACCAAAAAUGUUGCCAUUUCGUCAUCUCUUGCUACAUCUAACUCUUCAAAUUAUUCUUCAAAGUUUAGAUCUAGGGUCUCUACACGUCGAAAGAUUCAUGCCCAGAAAAUUACACGAACUGCUACUCCGGAUCUUCCGGAUAGUACUGACUUUGUCUGUGGCACGCUUGACGAAGACCGGCCUCUUGAAGAGGCAUACCUUUCCUGCAUGGAAGCUAGAAAACAAGCGCGACAUAAGUUAACCCCCCAAGAUAUUGAUCCCAGUUUUCCCACCUCUGAUAGCGAAGAUGAGGUUGAUCAUCAUAGCGAAGCUUCCAAGAAGAUUUCUAAUGGAAAUCAGGCACGGUUUAACGAUGUAAAGUUUGAAGCAUUGGUUGAUGAACGGAUAGGACGUACCUCUUCCCCACAAAGUCAGGUAUCGCCUGUACGCCAUUCACCUCGUAAACUUUAUUCACCUCCACCAGCACGAAGACUUCGGUCUCCUUCCCCUUCGAAACAGCGUCUCCGAUCUCCACCUCCACGUAAGCUUUUUGGAAACUCACCAAAGCGAAAACAAUCUAUGAACCACGCUCGACAACUACCCAUACAUAAAAAGACGGCAUCGAACAAUCGGUCUGACCUCCUAGAUGCCUUCGCCGCUGGGCCCAAAGCGACAUUCACCAAAUCCCUACCUCGUACACCUAAUAUCUUUGGAAACGAGUAUGAUGGUUCUCGAUUCGCAGAAACAAAAAGUUGUGAUAUCAGGAGAGGUGAUCACUUUCGGAGGGCAAUUGAUAUCGUCAAGGGCCUUGAACAAAAGAGACAGAGACGUAAGGAAAAGUUUUAUCCAAAACAGACUCAUCGAAAGUCAAGAGGCUAUCCUGAUCACAAGACCCAGCCGGGACAUGGUGCUGAACGCAUGCGUGAACUUGGAUUGCUUAUGGCUGGUAAAGUAGCUGUACAGAAUCAUUACAUUCUGUCGGCCUAA